AAGCCAGGCCGCACCUCCCGCCGCGCAGGCGCAGUGACGGUAGCGCCCAAGCCCCUCCUCUCCGGCCCUCGCUCGCGCCGUCGGGAUGCCGAAGCUGAGCAAAGAAGCCAAGCAGCGGCUGCAGCAGCUUUUCAAGGGUGGCCAGUUCGCCAUCCGCUGGGGCUUCAUCCCCGUCGUGCUCUACCUAGGUUUCAAGAGAGGUGCAGAUCCUGGAAUGCCUGAACCAACCAUUAUGAGUCUUCUUUGGGGAUGAAAGAUUUGGCUCUACAGUACUGUAAUCAUUUGAUGGGCAGAAAAAAUGAAGAUGUGAACAUUCCACAGGAUAAGGAGAACAUUUGCCAAUCACACUGACUAGCUUGUACAGCAUCCUGAGGACAUAGAUGUACAUAAGACAAAAUGUAUUUCUACUGAUGUAAUUUAUUUGCUUUGCACUGUAGUUAAAUAAAUACACUUUGAUUC